AUGAGCUGGCUCAACUCAUUCGAUCCGGCCGCUCCCAAGGGCUCAUAUGGCGCCAGCAGUAGUGGUUCGCGAAAUGCUCUAGGACCGAGCCGCAGUGUCGCAGCUCCUGCGGGGCUCCAUGGUUCGACAGCAGGUCCGUCUGCUGCCCCUCCUGGUCCAUCUCGCCCUGCUCAGAUCGGUCGCACCACCCGCCUCAACGAGUCGACACCGUACUCAGGCCCUAGCAGACCGUCGAAUGCACCUCCGGCAUAUGCACCGCGACCAAUACGACCGCCACAUCGAAUCAAAGCUGCUCCUCCUUCAGCGGCGCUUCGCUCGGAAGAUGCACAGCCAAAUGAACAUCAGAUGCGAACCAAGCCGUGGGAGAUCGAGGCGCCUCCAACUAUCGGCAAGGCCAAAACGGCUCAGCCCAUAUGCCCGCCACGGAAACCGAGUCAGCCACGACCGAAGCAGGCACGCACCACCGGUUCGCAGAGAGCACCUCUACCUGUGAAGCCGCCCUCCGCUCCUGCGCCAAAAGCACCGCAAAGACCAACACAACCGCCAUCGGGCCCGCAAGCACAACCGAAACCUCGACAUCCACCACCUACAGCAGAAGAAUUGCAGAAGAAAGAGCUCAAGAGGCUGAGGCGGGAAGAGCACGAAAGAAACGUCCUGGCCAAGAGGCAACGCCAGUCGCAGGCAGCGAAGAAGGCGAACGAGAAGAAGAAGAAGUGGCUUGCGCAGUCGACAGAAGCGAAAUCGCCUGCUGCAAAGAAGGAAGAGAUCGAGAUGCCAGACAUGGAGCUAUCCGAGGCGGCAAAGAUCAGAUUGCGAUGGGAGCAAUCUUCUUCUUCUUCGUCGGACUCUGCGAUGGAACGGACAUGGGAUUCGAGGGGAAGACGCACGCCUUCUCCCCCGCCCUUGCCGUCGAGCCCGCCUACGGUACUACCACCUCCGUCCAUGGCCGCACCGCAGCCAUCCUUACCCACGCCAACAGCAGCAUCAAACGUGUCAAUAGUGGAGGCUCAUCUUCAAAGCCAGGCACCUAGCGAGCCGAAGAGUGCGAUGCCGACAUUGGCGCAGCUGCGCGGGAUCCUCUCGGCAGUGGAGAAGUCUACGCCACCAAUCGCUCACGCGACACAAGAAAAGCCGAAGGCAAGCGAGAUAUCACCCGCAGGCGAAAUACAGCGAGCCAAACACUAUGCACAGCCAACGGUGGACUCCUCGGACGUCGAAUCGGUCAUCACGCCGCCGGCCAGUCCCAGGGAGCUGGCUCCUGCGAUGAGGAAAGCAUUCGAGGUACCUGCCAGAGCUUUGAGACCUUCCAAACGUGGCGUCAAGGCAGAACAAGUUGACUAUAAGGCUUCCAGUACCCAGCAGCUUGACCCACCAACGCAGGCUGCCAGCAGCAAGGCCAUCGAGACCGACAACAUCAGCGACGACGACGAUGACGACGACGACGAUCGUCCUCUCGCCGCUGCGCUCCAAGCCUCUGGUCGACUCUCCAACCUCAGUUCCAAACCACGCCAACCCGAAACCUGCGUCGACUCGGACCCGGACGAAGACGUUCCCCUGCAAGACCUGCUACAGCGUCGAUCUGCCGAGCCUGCCACCGCUUCCACCGACACCCGACCAAAAUGGCCCUCAACGCCCUUCGAGCCGAAGCUCAAGAAAGCUUUCGCGGGAGCACACGGCCUGUCCAUCAAGUACUUUGUUCCCCUCGCCAGUGCAGCAUUGGCCGGUCGGGAUGCAGCUCCCACUCGCAGUCGCGCUGCAAUGUUCGACUCGGCUCUUGCGGUCAGUGAACACGGUCGGAUCGUGACCUACGCCGAGGAGUGCGAUCGCGAUGUGAAGCCGGACGACCUUCCGAGCCGGUUCCUGCACCUCGCCGAGCGACCUGUCGACAAAAAGUCCGUCAAAGGUUCGUCUCCGAUCGAUCGGGUGGAGGACGUUGUCCGUCUCACCUCCAAAGUGUGCGCUAUCGCCUCGUCAACGGAUCAGCCGUUGGGACUGGGUAAUCACUCGGACUACCCGGUGCAGGUAUCGCUUGUCACGCUCGACGCUUCUCGCUCCGCACGCACACACCACCUGGACGAGCGCCCGCAUGCCUGGGGCGCAUCCAGCAUCACCUCCUUUCCCCGGACUGACCCGUUCAACUCUGGCUCGGUCGAUUUUGCCACUGGUGGCAUCGAUGGUGUGGUUCACCACUGGAACUGGUCUCGUCCCACUACCACGACGAGCCGACUUCACACGUUGCAUGGGAGCAAACCGGUGGUAGCGCUGGAACACCUCCCUUCUCGCACCACGCUCGCUUCGGCCAGCCUUGGUAGUGUGAUCGGCUUCGAUCUCUCGGCUUUAACCCUGGGGUUCAGCUGGAAUACAAGCGAUCACAUUGUGCAUUUGGAACGGACACCCGAUCCGAAGCUCAUGCUCGGCGUUCUGGCUCGGAGGGACUACGAUCAGUUUCGACUGUUCGAUGUUACUGGUGGAAACGGGCCGGUGAGUCGACCGGUGUUGCGCUUUGGUUGGCUCAACGAGGCUCAGGGAAGCCUGCCACUGGGUAGAGGGGCGUGGCAUCCGCAUAGGAGGGCGAUGUUCGCUCACGCUGCCGAGGAUGGGCACGUGAGGGUGUGGGAUAUGCGCAAUGCUCGGGAUGCGUUGGUGGAUGUGGAUCUCGAGGAGGAGGCGUUGGUGGAUGUCGUUUGGGCAGCGGAGGGAGAGGAGGAUGUGAUGUAUGUCGCCGGAACGAGAGGUGUUAGGUGUGUGGCGCUGGUCCCGCCUUGA